AUGGCGGAGACAAAUACGACUCCUCCAGGUGAGGAUGUCACUCAACAAUCAUCAGGGCCGUGGUGGCGGAGGAAAUGGUUUCGGUCAGAAUCGCAGAAUGAGUCGGAAACCGUCGGCGGUAGCAGGAUCUAUCGCUCGAGAGCGACCCUGGGCAUUCUGAGCGACAAAGAGACGGACGAAGUGCCUGGAACGGUGCUCCUUCUUUCGUCCAACCGCAAUGAGCCUCUGGGUUUGCGACAUCAACCCCAGCGGACUUCCGCCUCGUCGUUGCCCUCGCCGCGCUCGGGAUCGCGCUCGUCGUCGCGAGUCUCCACUCGAUCGAAGAAGAAAACCGCCGACGGCCAGAUCGUUCUCGAACCGCAACCUGAUGACUCGAUGAACGACCCCCUGAACUGGCCCAUGUGGCGGCGCGAUGCGGCUUUGAUUUCCCUCGGGUUCUACUGUCUCAUGGGCGGAGGAAUGACCCCGAUCCUGGCGGCCGGCUUCAACCAGGUCUCCGACACAUACGAUGUUAGUACGCAGCAGGUCGCUUUCACGACCGGGUUCUACAUGCUGGGACUCGGAGUGGGCUCCGUGAUCAUGUCCCCGACGGCCAUCCUGUUCGGGAAACGUCCGGUCUAUCUGCUGGGCGCUACGCUGUUUAUCCUGUCGGCGGUCUGGUGUGCCGCCUCCCCUAAUUACCCGAGUCUGGUGGUGGCACGCAUUUUCCAGGGUAUCGCAGUAAGUCCGGUGGAGUGUCUGCCGUCGGCGACCAUUGCGGAGAUCUUCUUUUUGCAUGAACGAGCCUACCGUGUUGGUAUCUACACGUUGCUGCUUCUCGGCGGCAAGAAUCUCAUUCCCUUGGUGAGCGCGGCGAUCAUCGGCAAUCUGGGAUGGCGGUGGGUGUUCUGGAUCGUGGCCAUCAUCGUCGGGGCCUGUCUGGUACUCCUGUUCUUCUUCGUCCCCGAGACCUUCUGGGACCGGACCCCACGGCCCCGUCGCAGCCGCAAACGACCCAGUCGGCCCAAUAUCUACCGCACCGUAUCAGACAAGUUGGUCCAUGGCUUCCGGGGUCGCCCAACGCACGCUGUGCGUCUGGAGGAGCCGGCUCCAGAGGAAAACGUGCAGCCUGAGGAAGGCCCGGAUGCGAUCAACCCGGCGCGGGCCAAGAAGGGCCAUGUUGGGUUUGUCGAUGCGCCCGAGCAGCCCGAGCAUCCUCUCCCCGAGGACGAGAAGCCCGCCGGGUUGGCAGGUGACUCGGAUGCCGUCUCCCACAGCCCAGCCAUCACCGGAAACACGGCGGGAGGGAACUUGCCGUCGGACCCCGAAAAGUCAGACGGACACCUCCAUCCCCCACCGCCCGCUUUCGCGCCUCCGUCUCACGGCAUCGACCUUGAGGCUGGCCGAAGCCCCCGACCGUCCCCCGCACGCAGUGAGUCGCGCGAGUCGAGUGUCCCCGUCACCCCGGCCCUCCGCUACACCAACCGGCUGCGCGAGCUGCCCCCAGUCCCGUACGCGCAAACGCUUCGUCCAUGGAACGGCCGCAUCUCGCAUGACAGCUGGGCGCGAGUCGCCGUGCGGCCGUUUAUCCUGUUUGCGUACCCCGCGGUGCUGUGGUCCACGGUGGUCUAUGCGCUGUCGGUGGGAUGGCUGAUUGUGAUCUCGGAGUUGGUGGCACAUAUCUACCAGGACCCGUCCAAAUACAACUUCACCGCGCUUCAGACGGGUUUGGUUUACAUUUCGCCGUUUGUGGGCGGCUUGUUGGGCACCGCGGUGGCGGGCAAAGUGUCUGACCUGAUUGUGCAAUUCAUGACGCGCCGCAACGGCGGCGUGUACGAGCCGGAGUUUCGGCUGGUGAUGGCCAUCCCGAUCGCAUUGUCGACGACGAUCGGGUUGAUGGCGUUUGGGUGGAGCGCACAGCUAAACGACCACUGGAUCGUGCCGACGGUGUUCUUCGGGCUGGUCUCGUUCGGCUGUUGCUUGGGGAGCACGACCUCGAUCACGUUCUGUGUGGACAGCUAUCGGCAGUAUGCGGGGGAGGCGCUGGUGACGCUGAACUGGAGCAAGAACGUCUUCCACGGGUUGAUCUUCUCGCUGUUUGUGGUCGACUGGAUGGAGGCGGACGGGUCGAAGACGGUCUUCCUCGCUCUGGGGGGCAUCCAAUUGGGCUGUCUGCUGUUCUCGAUCCCGAUGUAUAUCUACGGCAAGCGGGCCCGCAUGUGGACGGUGCGUAGACGAUUGAUGGAGAAGUUCUGA